UCUCGUUUUGCUAGUCUGGUACGGAUCCCCAUCAUACUUUUUGUUGGUGAAAAAGCCAUCAUCGGCUGGCGAAUAAUUUGGACUGAGAGUUCUUUUUAGUCAUCCAAAGUGUGCGAAUUUAAUUCGAUUUUGAAUCGAAAGUGCGUGCGGUUCGGUACGGGAUGGAACUUUUAUCGUGCGUGAAUCGAAUGUGAAUUUGAAGGGGAAUAACUUCCGAACGAGCAAUUUUUUGAGCGAGUAAGUGAGAAAAGAUUUUUCUGCUGAGGUUUUCGGUGCUGGUGAAUAGGGUGGACCCCUUCGUUUUAUUCGGUCCUGGAAGAUAACAGUAAAAAGUGAACUGGUGCAUUUUGUCAUAAUGUUCGAACACAGUGGAAGAAAAAGAUUAUUUUGUUCGAAUCUUCAGGAUCGGCAGUGGGUGCAGGGAAAAGAAAACCAAGAACAACAGUAGUAGAGUAGUGCUGAUUGGGGGCACCAUCAAAGGAAGGAUUUUUUUUUCUUGUCAAAUCGAGACCCCCAUAUUCUUCGACGGAAGACGGCAAAAGACGACGACGUAGGUUGCUUUCGGUCAUACUUGGAGUGAGCGAGCACCAUCAAGAACAAGGCACACGCACACCAAGAGCUAACGUCGCGAAAUAAACCUAGCGUAACAUAUGAAAAGCUUUUUACAGAGGGAAGAAAAAAGGUUGCAGUUUUAUCGCGAGUUUCAAUUUGUGAUUGAAGACGAAUCGAGCUAGGAAAAAUGUGAAUCUGCGGAAAAGCGGAAGUUCGUGUCGUCGGGUGCGCGAAAGAGAACCUAGUUUCCUCGGACAAUCAUCGCAAUGACGAUCGCACGAAGAAGAAGAAGAGUAGGAUCAUCGAUUCAUCAUCAAUUGUGUGUGCCGUGGGGUGGCCAAUAAUAAUAGUGCGGUACAUACAUAGAAUAAGAAGAAGCAGCAGGGAGGAGACAAGUGCUUCCUUCGAAAGGCGAAAAGGAAUCGAAACAACGAAAGAGAUUUCCUAGCUGUGAAUCAGUUUCUGGGGUCGACCCCCCAAAAAAGUCGGGCCCCGUCAUCGAGAGGAAGUUGGUGGCCCAUUUUCUAGCGAUUUUCCUUCGGCUCGAUUUUUGGGAUUCCAAAGUGAAAGCACAGGUGUGUGUUAGUGGGGAUCUUUUUAUUUUUCCUUGCCUAUUUGACAGCGCCGUUUGGCCGCGCGCUGAACACACUCAAUAAUAAUAAUAAUAAUAAUCUCGCAAUCUUGGCCGUCGUCGCGUCGAAGAAAAAGAAGCAAUCGAUUAGUAUAGAGAGAAGUCUUUAAUAGCACACAAGCGCCGAGAGUGCGAUUUUUCGGUAGAUUCGGCCUGAUCUCUAGUGGAGGCGAGAAAAGAAGUUCCCUUUUUUCCGGAUAUUAUUUUUCUUCGCUUCACGCUUUCCAAGAUGGCUCCGUCUCCGGAGCUCGGGGGCCAACCGAAGGCCCCCGACAAAGCUGGAGCGGAUCAACCAUCGUCCAAUCCGACGACGACCUCGGAACACAUGCCGUCGUCGUUGUCUUCGUCUUCGUCCUCCUCAGCAUCAGCAUCGUCAAACAGUAACAAUCCCCCCCAAUCGUCAGGAACAAAAAACGCACCGUCUGCCGGAACAACAGCAGGAACGUCAAACUCUGGCAGCAGCAACAACUACACCAGCAGCACGUCGUCAUCAACAGGAGCAGGAGGAGGAGGCGCUGGGGCUAUUCCGGCUGCCGGCGCCCUAGCGGGCACAUUGCCCGCACAAGCAACUACUCCUCAGCAGGACAGCAGUAAGAUCGAUAACAUGGAGGAGAAUGAUCUCAAGGCGCUUCUCGAGGAAGCCAUCACCUACAAACGUCCGAAGGAUCGGGAACACAAAAGUGCGACGUUCAAUGAACUUCUGAGCAAGACGGAGAUGGAAGACAAGGAACAGAACUUUUCCUUCACGAGCCGUGCGAUACAGACGAAGCGUGCCUCGGGUCGGCCCACACAAGGCGGCUCCCUCCAGGAUCUUCCGGAAGCUAGCCUGCAGGAGUUCCUCUACACGGAGUUCCCGUCGGACGGCAAUCGUGGCGCGUUCUCGCAAAACUGGCAACGGCGGCAUCAGGGUGGUAGUUCCGGUGCUGCCAGCGUCGGCCCCGGCGGAGGUGACCGAGCAACGAAUCCGCGCCAGAAGCGAACUACCAGCUCGGUUUCGUCCCGGCAACGCGAGGGUGGCAGUCUGCCCAGCAAUGUCAACGUGGAAUGCUCGUUUUUCAACGACGUCGGGCAUCAUCACACCACCGGAACGUUUACCAAGUUCAAGAAGCGGGAAGGAGGUUCCAAAAGCGACUAUGGCACAAUGGUACUGACGGCACCGUUGAUGACCAGCGCCGGAGCGGCUGAUCUGAUUAGUGCCGUGGCCGAAGUUGCCGGCAGUACCGGACUGAAAAAUACCGAAUCUCAGCUGAUCGAUGGCUGCGGAACGGGUGUCGGAUCGGGGCACACCGUCAUCGACAUGGGAGAGCUGGAAUCUGAUGAAACUCAGUCUCUGCUGGCCCACGAUGCCCUGCAACAGACCUUAUACGAUUCGGGCUUGGACGAUUACGACGGAAGUGGUGGCGAUCUCUACGGAAGCAGCACGACCACAAUUGGCGGAAGCAGCACAACCGGUGGAACCGGAACUGGUUGUAGUGCCAUGAAGAAAAUCCCACGCUGUCCGGCCACAAGCUACACUAGUCACGUUAAUCUUGAAAUCGGAGAACCCUCUUCGACGGUUCGGCCAUCGUCGGUUCAUCAUGUCGACAAGACGGUUUCGCUGCCGCUGUUGGAGAGCAAUAAAAGUGUGGACAUUACGUCGAUCCAGCUGGGAACGAACUACCAGGCCGUCAAGUGUUUUGUAUCGAGCGACAACAGUAAGAGCGACCAAACUCGCGUGAUGAUGGGUUCCAGCAAUCCCAAAUAUACCGCCACGUCUAUUGGUCAGGUGAUUUCACAGCAAAAAUGUCUUGACGAGAAUGGUAACUCGGUUCAGCAGUUCAACAGCGGUCUGGGCUCUUCAUCAGCGACUGCCGGAGUCGGCGGUGGAUUAGUCGGAAGCGGAAAUAGUUCUUCGGUGGGUGGGAUCGCGGGUGGAAAGAAGAAGCGGAAGCCGGUAUCGGAUCGGAACACGGUACUGGUGAUACCGGAAAAAAUCGCCGGCUAUCGAGGAAAGGAUCACGAUAUAGAGUCAUUAGUUUGUUAUAUCGAAAAUAAGGACAAACAAAAGGAUGGCAGUAAAGGUGGGGGCGGGGCGAGUGGUUCUAAUCCGAAGAAUGGAACAAUAAUGAAGGUCGGUAGUGCUAGUGUAGAAAAUGGAAUUCCGGAGGAAAAGGUGCCGAAAAAGAAAAACGAAAAGAAGAAAGAGAAAGCCAAACUGAAGAAAAGUAAUUCCUUGGAAGAGCUGAGUAGCUGCAGCAGGAAGAAGCAACAAGCUGAAGAAGAGCAAAAUACUCAGAAGAACCAAGUGGCCGAACAGCAUCAACAGCAAGGAUCCGCCCAGAAGUCGCAGGAUGCAGAAUCGGCUGUGACCCUGAGAAGUGGCAAAGGUAACAAGAAGGCUCAAAGCAAUGUGAGUAGCAGUAUACCAUCCUCUGUGUCGUCUGCAUCUUCGACGACGUCUUCGCAUUCAUCCAAGGAAACUUCAGUCAUCAGCGGAAAACGGGGAGAACGAAGGUCGUGGGGAACGGAAGAGCUUAGCUAUCUGGAGGAUAGUCACAAUCAGAAUUCACAGGGUGUUGAGAAAUCAGAAGAGAAGCCUGCGAAGAAGGAAAGCAGAAAAGAGGCCAAAGAGAAUGCAGAAUUAGCUACACCUACAUUCAAUGCUGGUAAGAAGCGUGAUUCUUUACGGAUGUCCGUAGAAUCGUUAUCAGCAAUCAGUGCAGGAAUGGGUUCCGAAACGGCAGAGUUUCAUGUAGUGACCAAAAAGAAGAAAAUGAAGAAAAAGGCCCACAGUUUGUUUGCAGAGGACACGACGUCUUCGGCAACUGGCGGCUAUUCGAAUGCGGCAUCAAAUGCCAACAAUAGACGCCAUCUAACUGUUAGCCAAAGUUAUAAUCUAGGGAGCUCAACGGUUCGAUCUUCGAAUAUAAGCGGAAAGUAUCAAACCAGCAAUAGUUUCAUAAACGAUCGAGAAGUUUAUAUGAACUCGUUAACUAGCAGCAAUGACGUGUCCCGAAGGAAAUCAACGUCGUCGGUUCCACCUUCCGAAAAAUCUGAUUCAAGCGAUGCAGAUUCGGUACAAUCGCUCCCCAUAGAACCGUCUCGGAAACAACAACAGCAACAGCAGCACCAAUCUCACCAAAGUGGUGCUGGUCGGAAUUCGUCAGCGGGGGUUCCUCAAUCAUACGCCGAUAUAGCCCGAAUUCCAAACGCUGACCGAAUCAAUAAUAAUCUCAUUGGCGCUACAUCUAACAGCAGCACGUCCCCGUUGGAUAGCUCCAGUGUAGAAAAGUGGCCACCAGUACAAGCGACCACCAGUGAAGAUUUAGCUCAAGCACUUAAAUCGCCCUCAGCGUUCCCUGAACUAGUCCCAGAAUCGUCGUCACUGCAGCAGUCUCAACAACAGUCGCAACCGCUGAAUCCGCAGCAAUAUCAACAGCAUCAGUAUGUGAAUAGUAGCGUUAGUAGUAACAAUCUAGGUAACAAUAAUAAAGCGACGUAUUCGCAAAGUCUGCUGAUAGCUACUACCAAAGCGGUGGAAGAGGAUGAUACCGCCAAUAGGUUACAGCAACAGCAGCGAUUGGCAACGGCGUCCAGUGGAAAACUAGUUAGUAGCGUUAAUAGUGAACAUAGUGUAAAUAUUAGCAGUAGCAACAAUAGUAGCAACAUCAGCAGUUCUAAACUGGCGUUACACAAAUCGAAAAGCGUGGACACAAACGAUAUCUACUACUCCAAUGAGCACUACCCUGCACUGGAGAAGACUGUCAAACCGGCAAAAGCGGCUCCCACUGUUACCGCGAAUAGUAACAGCCUGCAAGAACCGAAAGCUUCUUCCACGGGCAAGGUGAGCCCCAUAGCCAAUGCCGGCCAGUUGCAGCAGAAUGCGCUCUCACAGCCUACGAAUGCGCCGACGGCAACUACGACGGUUAUCUCUGGUAACCCUAUCGCCAGUAACGUUUCGACCGGUGCCAAAAAAUCGAAAAAGAAAGACUUAAUCACGGCAACAACAACAACCACCGUCACAGCAGCAGCAACAACUCCAUCGAUACCUCCCAACGAAGUGGAAACGAUCAACAAUGCCAGAAAUGUUGCCUCCACUGUUCAGACAUCCCUGGACGCUGCUAACAACAAUCCUCUGCUUAUCGAGAACAUUGACAAUGUUCUCUCAACGGACUUCCCCCAGAAUGGCAUGCUACUAAACCGAAGUCCCAAUGGUAGCUUAAACGUUCAGCAGCCACCACUGCAGAGUACUCCCAAAAACAGCGGUCCCAUUACGAGUCCUACUUCCUCUGUCACCUCCAAUGCAGCUUCCUCCAAGCGAAGCAAAAAAGAGAAAAUAAACACCAUGCUCAGUCAGAAUUCAACUACCAGCGCUGCCGGAACUAACCAUGCGGCCACAGCAACUGCCAACUCGAAUCAUCGCCCAGCCGUAAUCAUAAUGAAUGACCACAACGAAUCCAAUUCAAGUCACGAAUUUACCUUUGGCUUCGACAUUGACCAGGAGCUACUCUUUGGCGACUUCCAGGAGGAUGAAGUGACCAUGCUCGACCAACAGUCGCAACAGCAGCAGCAUCAGUAUCAUCACCAGCAGAAGCCUUCUCAGCAUCACAGUAACAACAGCAGUACCGACAAUGUUCCUUCGCCUACGAGCAACACCUCUGCCCAUUCGACCGAUCUCGGCUACAGCUCGAUGCAGCAAUCGUCCACUUCGACCGCAUCACCGACCUCUUCCAACUCGUCACAACACAAACCAACACACCACCAUCACUAUCACAAUCAGCCAACGCAGCCGCAGCUGGAAUCGUACGAAAUUCUACACUCUGCCGACCCUGACACCUAUCGAGACGGCAUCGAGCAUAAGUUCCACCAACCGCCACCGCCAAUGGUUCCGGCUAUGUACACUCAACCACCUCCGCAGCUCCCGCCACCGCACAUGUUGGCCGCCGCUCAGCAACAAUCAUCUCGUCAGCCUCGUCCGGCCGGUCCGAAUCAGUACAAUCUGCCGCCACCUCCGGUGAUUCCAACUCACAUCCAGCAACAGCCUCCGCCAGCGCUUCCAGUCGUCGCCCCAGCAGCAGCAGCACCAGCAGCAAAACAGGACACCGCUACGAAUACACCGGCGGCCAUUAUGAGUGUUCCGCCACCACCUCUGCCACCGGUUGUCGUCCCGGCGGCAACGAUACCGAUUGUGCAGGCAGUUAUCCUGCCGGCUGGACCGCCACCGGUCUCCAUGAACGCGGUCGUCACUUCCAGUAGUAGCAAUAUAAACUCUGCCGUUGCCGCUGGCGCUGGCAGCAGUAUCAGUAGCAACAACAGCAGCAGCAGUAGCAAUAUUCAUACUAGUCUCAACAACCAAACCGUGCCCAGUAGUAGCGGCAGCAGUAACAGCAUCAACAGCUGUUCGUCUGCGUCACUCCAACAGGAACCGAAGCCACAGCAACAGCAGCAACUCAACAGUGCGCAACCGCCCGUGCGGGAAAAGAUGAAGGAGAUCAACUUGCGGUUUAUUGCGCCCGAGCAGCUGCAGACCAACCACAACCACGACAAGAUUGUGCACUUUGUCGGAAUGGCAUGGGAGGACGUCAUCUGCGGAACAAAUGGCAGCGCCAAAUACUACGAGGGACAAUAAAAGAAAACCGGUGGACACAAAUCCGUCGUGGGACCGCUCAAUACACCACACACACCAAGAGAACAUCCUAAACAACUAUGGCAACAAAAAAUGGCGUGUGCGCGCGAAGAAGGACCAAACCAGCACAACUCCACACCGCACAAGCAGUUCUCGCUGGCGGGAGUUGGGCGUGCAUGUAAGUGCGUGUUGCUAGGAUAGAGACAGAGCGAAUGAACUAAAUGUAAAGUUACAUAAACAAACACAAGACUAAAAUCGAGCAGCAACAAGAAUCUAUGUCAUUGUAGGAGUAGUCGAAAAAAGAAGAAGAGUCAAACACAUGUAAUGAACAAGAAAAAAAAAUCAAACAAUAACUAAUUGCAAAAAUUAGAAAGUUGCAAGCAAAACAAUGCCAAGCAUUAACACAGAAACAAAACAUGAAAAAGCACAGCAAAUGUGUGCGAAACUGCUGAGUGAGCGAAUCAAAUGUGGAUAAUCACACAACAACACACGCGGAAGAGGCCACCCACUCACACAUACACAUGAUCACAAUCACGGUACAGUUUCGGCUUAUCGAGCUUUUUGUUAUCUUAUUUUUUUUUUGUUUUUCGGCUGACGUUGUUCGAGGGAGAAGACUCUUUAGGGUAGGGUUUAGGCUUAGAACAGGCAGAAGUGAGAAGAGGAGUAUAUCAAUCCAGUCUCAGUUGUUGUAGCAGCACGCAGCUUCCAAGCUUGUCCUAGGACUAGUUAAUGGCUAAAUACCGCGCCGCUUGCUGCUUUUGGUUUUGCAAAUGCUCUGCGAGAAAGUGUUAGUUUUUUUGUACAGUGUUAUAAGAGCGUACGGAUGAUGUGUGAGUAGUAGUGCUUGGUUUAUUUAACGAUUAUUAUUAUUAACAAUAUUGUUUAUUUUAUUCAAGAUUCAUUAGAUUGUUUUCCUUUUAUUGCCUAUUGUUUGUAGAUGGGAAGUAAUAAACGAAAAAAAAAUGUUAAAAGAAAAUCUGGAGUGGGAUGCGAGAGAUUGGGAUGGGUGAGAGAAUGGUUAUGAGAAAUAAUAGUUUUGUUAGUUAGUGGACACGGAAACAUUAUCACUCUACAUUUAGUCAAAGAAUGAUGACGUGUAUGUGUGCGAGUGGGAAGGCAUGUGCAGUGGAAGCAACAGCAAAUCGAAAUUGUUCGGAGCCGGAAGCUCCGGGAGAGAAUAAAACAAGUGUCCGAUAACACCCAAUGUGAUUUUUAGUAACUAAUCAAUAGAGAAGUGAAAGGAAAAAAACUAAACGAAAAAAGAGCAAGAGGCGGCUCUGCUCGAGAUAAAAAAUAUUAAAAUUACAAAAAAAAACAAAAAAAAA